GUCCGUCCUCCCACACCUGCUCGUCCACGACCGCCACGUCCCCGACCUCCGGCCCUGCAUCGCCUCCUGUCCAACUCCGCCACCUGACGCUCGGCUCCCAUGUGGGAAACGACGUGCAUCCUCUCUCUGGUGAGGCUCAACUCCUCCUCGGUCACCUUCGCCAGCGCACCGGUGCCUCUGACGAGCUGCUGGUCCACGACCGCCUCAUCCUCCACGGCCUGCCAAUAUGACGGUGAAGGAGGCGGGGGCGGGGGAGGCGAUGGCGGAGGCAGGGGCAGGGGAGGUGAUUCAGCAGGGCCCGGGGGCGGUGAUGAGGGGGGAGAUGGCGGAGGUGGUGAGGGGGGGGGUGAUGGUGGAAGGAGCGGGUGCCGUGGCGACAGGGUUGAGGAGCGUGUGGACGACGAUGUUAUGCCCGGUGGUCGCAUCGUUUUGCAGCGGUUGAGACGCGGGGGCAGACGGGAUGAGAGCAUUGCGUCUCGUGUGCGCAGACGUCGUGUCCACAUUGCGACUAACACGGGGGCACGUGUCAUGCGGCAGGACCCGGUUGUCGUGUCAGAGGGCGAGAUGGGAGAUCCUUCCAACGAGACGCGGCAUGACCCGGUUCACGCAGAGGCGCAAGCCUCGGUGACAGAUGCGAUGUUGACGGAGGAGGAUACUGGGUCGCCAACGCUGGUUGUUGGAACUGAGGAGGAGACGGAGUUCGGAGGACCCGGUCCACUCCGCCAGGCGCAGACUCGGUGCACUCCAACAGGCGCCCCAGUCCACUCCACAGGAGCAGGUUUGGAGGACGGCGAGGCACGACGUGAGCUGCCUCCUCACACGAGUGACGGCGGUCUAGAGGAUGGAGAGGUUGCACCUACUCCCACUUGUGGACCGGACGGGGAGGACGAACGUUCUACGACGGGCCACCACGUCGACCUCAACUGCCCGCCCGACAGGCUUCCGCGCACCGACGAGUUAUUGAACAUGGAUUCCGUCUUGGCAUUUCUAGGGUUCGACGAGUUCGACGGCGAUACGAUACUGCAUCCUCCAGAGUUUGGCACUCCCGCCAUUUUUCAUGUCGGUGCACCGUGGGCGGUGGAGCAGGGGUUGGCAGAGGAGGUGGCACGGAACCGUCGUGGCGGACCGCCCUUCGCAGCGCAACGUAGUUUGGGAGGUUCACUAGAGGCAGCGUCUGGAGAUUUUGCGGCGCAGUUAUCGGACGGCGUGUCAUCGGUCCGUCCACCGGACGAGGGCCCGCAGCGAGAGCCACAUCGAGGCUCGACGGAGACUUUAGAGGCGAGGCCUCCCGGAGUUAUCCGCUCGGACGGAGGCGAGGGCAUGGGCCAUGAUACGGCGCAGCCAGGGAGCGCAGACGCUGGACGGUCCAUCGGGGGGGGCAUCGAGCGCAUAGGGUUAUCGACCACACACCCCAACAUUGUUAGGCCCAACGCACAUGACGUUGGAGACGCGCACACAGAUGAGCCUCGACCGCAUCUGAUGGGGAUGCAUGACAUCAUGCGUCCACCACCCUCACGCUCCCCUGCCGCUGACUUCGUCGCCCACGGGCAAGCCUCUCAGGGCGCAUUGCCGACGAGGUCUUUCUACGACGGUGCGGCCAUGGACUGGAGGGCGGGCGAUAUCGGACAUGCAUCAGCAUGCGAACCGACCGAUAUGACCGCGAGGGCACGAUUGAUCGGCAACGUCGAUGGUACUUGUCACGAUUCCAUGAGAGCUUACGAGGAGCAGCAUGGGAGGCCUAUACGGGCCAAGACGACCGAUGUCCAUGACACCAGGACGGCUACUGCGAGGCUAUCACGGGCGAGGAAGAAACGAACAGGUGCGUCGAUUCCGUAUCAGCGGCGCCGCCCGCAUCCUUUUUUCCGCAACAGUGACGAGACCAGACAGAUGCCAGCUGCUGCAGAUGGAAGGGGCGGGGUGGACGGAGGUGACAGAGUGGACGAAUCAGGGCGAGGUGAGAAGAGACGAGGCGGCACGAUCAUCAUCCACGACGAUAUCUCCACAGCCGCUGAGGGUGGUGAGACCACAUGCGUCGACGAUCCUGAUGACUCCGAUUACGUCCCGAGGAUCCGGACGGUGGAGGUCGUCACGUAAGGAUGAGGACUGGACCUGGCCCGGAAGGUCAUUGCACCCCAUCGA